AUGGUUGGUGUUCAUGAAACUGCAAUCAUGGUUAUUUCAUGUAUCUUAUGCAGUGUUCUGUUAGGCUUUGCCAACGCAACUGCAACCUCUACAUACAAUGUGGUGAAGUAUGGGGCAAAACCAGAUGGUAAAACUGACUCUACUGAACCAUUCAUAGCAGCUUGGCAAUCAGCAUGUGCCAGUCCCAGUCCUGCCACUAUUUAUGUGCCCAAAGGGAGGUACUUGCUGAGAAACACUAAUUUCCGUGGUCCAUGCAAGGGGAAGGUGACAUUCCUCAUAGCUGGGACUCUUGUGGCUCCUGAAGAUUACCACGCACUGGGAAAUUCCGGUUUCUGGAUUUUGUUCAAUCAUGUGGAGAAUCUAGUCGUUUCUGGUGGCAAAUUGGAUGCAAAAGGGGCUGCUUUCUGGAAUUGCAGGAGAUCUGGAAAGACUUGUCCUGCUGGAGCAAGGUCAAUGACAUUCAACUGGGUGAAUAACUUGGUGGUUAGUGGCUUAACUUCAGUGAACAGCCAACUAAGUCACCUUGUGAUCAACACCUGCACCAAUGUUCUCGUGAAAAAUGUAAGGCUUAUUGCACCUGACCAAAGCCCUAACACCGAUGGCAUUCAUGUUGAACGCUCAACUGGGGUUACCAUUAAUGGAUGUACCUUACAAACUGGCGAUGACUGCAUAUCCAUUGGUGAUGCCACCAACAACCUCUUCAUGUCCAACAUCAAAUGUGGCCCUGGCCAUGGCGUAAGCAUUGGAAGUUUGGGGCAAAAUGUGGACGAAAAAGGAGUAGAAAAUGUGACUCUAACGAAUGCCAUCUUCUCUGGAUCGGACAAUGGGGUGAGGAUAAAGACAUGGGCCAGACCGAGCAACGGGUUCGUUAGGAAUGUUGUCUUCCAAAACAUCGUAAUGGACAAAGUUCAGAAUCCCAUCAUCAUAGAUCAGAAUUACUGCCCCAAUAAUCAAGGUUGUCCUGCCCAGACUUCAGGAAUUAAGAUCCGCCAAAUUACAUAUUUGAACAUAAAUGGAAGUUCAGCAACGCCAGAAGCAGUAACUUUUGAUUGCAGUCCAAGUAAUCCAUGUGAAGGGAUCAAAUUGCAGGAUAUAAACCUGACCUACAACAACAAAGCUGCAAUUUCAUCGUGUAAAAACAUAGAUGGGACAAGCAGUGGAACACUGGUCCUAGAAAGUUGUCUAUGA